UACACCGGGUUAUAAAUAAACAUCUGGACAAGAUGGCGGUGUAGGUGAAAAGUGGAGAAGGUUACAAGGUACAACAUAAUGCGGACCUUCUGCUGGCUGGUUGCGGUGGUCCUUGUUGUGACUGUGGACUCUAAGGGACCAGGACUGAAGACCAGGAUAACAGACAAAGCUCUUAAUUAUGCUGCCGACGUCGCUUUGGAUAUUCUUUCCAAACAAAUCACAGGACUUGUAAUUCCCGACCAGCACGGAAGUUCCGGGGAUGUUUCGUACGACCUCACCGGGUUGAAAAUUAAUGGCUUCGGGAAACCAAACAGUAAAAUUUCAACAAAACCAAACGUUGGGCUGACGUUGACCACGACAGGGUCAUCGUUGAAUGUCCAUGGCAACUUCCACUACAAAUAUCACGGAAUAAUACCAAUAUCGGAUUCUGGCAGUUUUGACUUGCGUACAAGUGGUAUCAAUUUUGCAAUUGAAAUACGAUUAGGAUCGGACAGCACAGGACACCCUACCAUGAGUUCAUUCGGCUGUACGUGCAGUGUCACCUCUGCUGACAUCACUUUUCAUGGCGGAACUGCAUGGAUCUACAACUUGUUUUCCGAUUUGGUGGCGGACAAACUAAAGGACAUGAUCGGAGGAGGCAAUGGGAUUCUUUGUCAACAGCUCGUACAUCUUAUUAAUGUGAAUGGAAUGGAAAGUUUAAAGAAUCUUCCAGUGACUGUGGAAAUUGCCAAGCUGUUUCUUUUGGACUACAGAUUCAUUACAACUCCGUCAUUUCAACCCACAUUUAUGGAAUCGUAUCACAAAGGUGAAGUAUACUGGAAGCCCGACCCCCAAGAGGCUCCCUUACCCCUGCCGGCGUUACUUCCGUCAUCAGACACUUCCAGGAUGAUGUACCUAUGGGUGUCUGACUUCCUCUUCAAUUCCAUGUCUUACAAUGCAUUUAAAUACAGGCAACUCCAAUACAACGUAACAAACAAAGAUCUCCCUGGAGGGGUUCUUAACACUACUUGCAGCAAACUCACUUGCAUCGGGAAGUUUAUUCCGGAGAUUGGUAAAAGAUUCCCACACACUACAGUGAUGUUGUACAUGAAAUCUACAUCAAUGCCAAACAUGACGGUACAGAACGGAUCUACGGUAGUGAACGCUGCCGGGGACAUCGUGUUCUUUGCGCAACAACCGGGCGGAAAAUACACCUACUUCCUAACGCUGUCAGCUACGAUGUCCUCAACGAUUUCAAUAAUGAUACAAAAUGAGACCAUACGCGGGAAAGUGCUUAAAUUACCAAUAGCUGUUAAAGUUAAAGAUUCUAAAAUUGGUCAGUUAUCACCACAAGUAUUGGAUUUGGUACUUAAAGGAGUUAUUACGCUGUUUGUGGAACCAAAACUAAAUGAAUUGGGAAGUAAAGGUUUUCCUCUGCCAGUGAUUGAAUCUGUACAUUUUGUGGACACCCAACUAUACACAGCUAAGGAUACUCUUCUUAUCGCAACAAAUCUAAAGUAUGCCGGAUAGUGAUGGCGAUACAUGAUUUUAAUUCCUUUACUUGAUAAUGCUCGAUUAACUUAUGAUAUAAAAUCACUCAUGUCUUUCCCUCAGAUUUUUUUUAUUAAGUUUGUAAUAUAAUUUUAUGGAGUAUGCACGUUUUGAAACUGCAAUUUAUACAGAGAUUAGACUCACAAGAAUUACACUUGUCAAAUUUGCAAAGGAUAAUACAAUAUUGACCUAUUAUCCCUAAUGAUAUCUUAUUGUUUAUUAAUACAUGUAGAGGUUUUAAACCCAUGUAUAACUUACUAUUAGAUAAAUGAGGAAAAUAUGUACAUCCAUAUUAAAAUGGAGAGAAAAGGGUAACAACUAUUCACAAACAGCUUGCAGUCAAAUAAAACUUUUGAAAUCCAUUUAAGUCCACACGGGAAUUAGAACUGCAUUGUCUAAAAUAUCAAAUGAUUUUUAUCCCUAUAAUCCUUUUAUCCCUUUGUAAAUUUCUAUUAUAUGCCUCUAAAAAAUGUACUUAUCAUAAAUCAUGCCAUGUGUGUUUAAAUGUUAUGUAAGUGAAAAAGUCAAUAAAAAUGGUCAUUGUAUACCAUA